AAUUCGUUUCCCCACCCCACCCAUCAGCGACUGCCGUGGCCGACUCCUCGAGUCGAGUAGAGUAGUAGUAGCACCAGUUCUUCCUCCUCGGCCUUCCACCGCUUCCGUCCACUCAUCCAGCACGCCACGCCCACGCUCGCUCGCCCCCUCGCAGCUCGCAACUUCGCAAGGGGAGGAGGGAAAAAAAAAGCAGGCGGAGCAGAGAGAGAGGGUCGGACGGCGAGAGAGAAAAAAGAGGGAAACCUAGGCGGCUUUCCGUUUCGGGAAAUUCCCGGGCGCCCCGUCCGCGCUGCUCCCGGCGCCGGUGGCCGCGCCUCCGCGCCCGCGCAGGGCCCCUCCGCGGCUCGCCCCCCGGUAACGUGUGGCCCUCUUUCGCCGGCGGCGAAUGCCGCUGUUUGGAUCGGGCGAAUCCUCCUAACCCGUGGCCUGGAACCGCUCGCGGGAGGGGGUGGUCCGGGGCCUUGUGGGAUGCGCCGCGCGGGCGGCUCGCUGCUGGUCUACUGCGCGCGCUCGCCGCGAGGUAUGGCUCCCCGCCGCUGAAUCGGUCCUGGGGCGGUUUUUGGCUUUGCGCGACUAGGCCCCUUACUGCGACCGGGCCGCGCGGUUUUCGCAGGGUAGGUUUGGUGCGAUGGAAGGGACGACGGCGGCGGAGGUGGGCGGCGCCGGCGGCGGCGCGGCCGGGGAUGUGCAGAUUAAGGGCACCAAGGAGAAUGGGCAGCCCGCGGCGGUGGCGGCAGGGCCGCCGCCACAGCCGUCUGGCAGCGAGGCGCUGGAGAUGCCGGCCACGCCGGUCACGCGGGACUUGGACUGGUCCGAGCAUUUCUCCUUCUUCACCUCGCUGGGCGGGUUUGGGGCCAGCUCGGACGGCGCGAGGGGCCUCACCAGCGUCGGGCUGUCCAAUUCUGAGUCCAGGCCGGACAGCGUGACGCAGCGUGGCUUGGACCAUGAUGCGGAAGAGAGGGUGGAGGAGCUCACAUUGAAGAAUUGCAUCAACAAUGAUGUCCAGCCUGAGGUUUCUGCUGGUGGGAGCACAAGCAGCGGGGAUAAGCCUACUGUUAUUAAAGGCCUGUGGGGUAACUUCACACGGAUGGCCCGGAGAACUAGCGAUUUGCCCAGCAGGGAAAACGCCGCCGCACUGAGUUACGGCGACAUUGCAAACUUGAGGGCUGCUGAUGGUUCUAGCAGGGAAAAUCUGGCGACAAGCCUUGCCAACAAUAAUAUCAUCUCAAGGAACAAUGAUGCGUCCGGAAAUGAGGCACCUAUGAGUCGUGUUGGAUAUGUCAAUAAUGAGUUCAUGACACCGUUUCGCAGCCAGCAGAUUCUCUUGUCUCCAUGGUCUAAUCAGGACAAUGCUCUUAAAGUAAGCAGCUUCUCGAAUAGGAUUCUUGACCGGAUGAGAAGUAAGACUGUGGCACCCCAAUCUGUGGUUCUAGGAUCACCACUUAAAAGCAAAUCAAAAGGUAAAGGGGUUGCGUACCAAGGCGUACGGGAGGAGAUCCAAGGGCAAGCUAAUGCAAGACCCAGAGACCCUUUGGACAAGAUUCCGACUAUUCCUACCUCAAUUCAUGAUUCUAUGGCCAGAGUGGACCCUAUGCUUUUCACUACUGGUGGAAAUGUUUCAAAAUCCCACUCCGAGGGAACUUGCCUGAGGGAACUGAUUAAGCCUGGGCGGCAAACAAUGACCAAGUUUGAUAAAAUGCAUUUGUUUAAGCAAAUUCUUGAUCUUGUGGAUAAGUGUCAUGCACAGGGUUUUACUUUACAGCAUUUGCGACCGUCAUAUUUUACGACCCUUUCUUCAAAUCAAGUUAAAUAUAUUGGUUCUUAUACCACACAAGACUUGCCAACAUCAAUCAAACAAGAGGUUGCUAGAGAAGAUCUUGUGAAUAGAAAAAGGGCUUUUGGCCAUAGAAUUGAUCACCAAGAUUCUAAUGGCUAUGGAAAUUUGAUGCUGAAGUAUCAGAAGGUUGGCGGGCAAGGCUCAGUUGCUAUCAGGCGACCAGCAAAUACAUUUUGGACUGACCAAAUAUGUGACAAUCAAAAUGAAGAUGUCGAUCCAGGUGUUUCGAGGCAAGAAAAUUUUAGUUACACUGCCAGAGAGCGUUUUAAGUUCGUCGAACCAUAUGGAAAUAAUACAUCUGGUGCUCAACAUGUAUCUAGUUCUGGCACCCAACAACCAGCAUUUGAAUUGAGGAAUCUUGAGGAAAGCUGGUACAAAAGCCCGGAGGAGCUUAGUCAAUUUAAAGGCACAUUCCCUUCAAAUAUCUACAGCCUUGGGGUUCUUCUAUUUGAGCUCUUUUGCUGUUCUGAGACAUGGGAGGUGCACUGUGCUGCAAUGUCAAAUCUUCGCCAACGCAUCCUGCCUCGAAAUUUUCUUUCAGAAAGUCCCAAGGAGGCCGGCUUCUGCCUUUGGUUACUACAUCCAGAUCCUUGUUCAAGACCAAAAGCAAAAGAGAUUCUUGGAUGUGACUUGAUAAAUGAGGGUCGGGAUUUGUCCUUGUUAGAUCAGGCACCAGUUUCCAUCAGUGAAGAUGACACUGAAUCUAGUUUGCUGUUUAACUUCCUUUCUCAACUGAAAGAAGAAAAGGAGAUGCUGGCUGCCAAAUUAUCAGCAGAGCUUGGAAGCUUAGAAACAGAUAUCACAGAGGUUGAGAGAAGACACUCAGCAAGAAUGAGAUUGAGUUUAGAGGACACGGAUGUACUGCCAAGUUCUGGUGUUUUGUCAGGAGCUUCUGUGAGUGCCGUUCAAGGUGCAUUGCUGUCAGGUUUGCUACCGACAUCGUGCAAGUCAAGUGUAUAUGAGGAGAGGGUAAUGAGAAAUUUGGUGCAGCUUGAAAAUGCAUAUUACUCCAUGAGGUCCUCUGUGGACACCAGUGAAACUAAUGCAAUCAAACGUCCAGAUAACGAGGCUUUGAGGGUUCGUGAAAAUUUCCAUCAACUUCACAGUGAUUUUGAUGCUAAGGGUGAGAAAACAGACCGUCUUGGAUGCUUUUUUGAUGGUUUAUGCAAAUAUGCCCGGCACAGUAGGUUUGAGGUCCGAGGAAUUCUGAAGAAUGCAGAUAUACUUAACUCUCCGAAUGUCAUCUGUUCAUUGAGUUUUGAUAGGGAUGAAGAAUAUUUUGCUGCUGCUGGAGUUUCAAAGAAAAUAAAAAUAUUUGAAUUUGAUGCACUCUUAAAUGAUCGUGUUGAUAUUCAUUACCCACUGGUAGAGAUGCCUAGCAAGUCCAAGCUUAGCUGUGUCAGUUGGAACAACUAUAUAAAGAACUACCUGGCAUCAACAGACUAUGAUGGCACUGUUCAGCUAUGGGAUGCCAGCUCUGGUCAAGGAUUCACACAGUUUACAGAGCACCGGAAAAGGGCUUGGUCUGUGAGUUUUUCAGAAGUUGAUCCUACUAUGUUGGCAAGUGGUAGUGAUGAUUGUUGCGUCAAAGUAUGGAGUAUUAAUCAGAGAAAUUGUAUUGAUACAAUCAGAAAUGUGGCGAAUGUAUGCUGUGUACAAUUCUCUCCAUACUCCUCCCGCAUGCUAGCUUUUGGUUCAGCUGAUUACAAGAUAUACUGUUAUGAUCUGAGGAACACAAGGAUACCUUGGUGUACUAUUUCGGGACAUGGAAAAGCUGUCAGUUAUGUAAGGUUCUUGGAUCCAGAAACACUUAUCUCUGCAUCAACCGACAACACAUUGAAGAUAUGGGAUCUUAACCGGACUAAUUGCAGCGGAUUAUCUACCGAUUCUUGCAGCCUGACUCUGAAUGGUCAUACCAACGAGAAGAAUUUUGUAGGGCUAUCUGUUCAUGAUGGAUACAUAACUUGUGGCUCUGAAACCAAUGAAGUGUUUUCUUACUACAAAACUUUCCCCAUGCCAAUAACUUCUCAUAGGUUUGGUUCUAUUGACCCGAUAACUGGACAAGUAACAAAUGAAGACAACCAACAAUUUGUGUCCAGUGUUUGCUGGAGAGGGAAGUCAAACAUGGUAGUGGCUGCCAACUCCAGUGGUAGCAUCAAAGUGCUUGAGCUUGUGUGAAUGAUCCAAUGAGAGUCAUAUUGGAGAAGAAGGUUCUAGGGUUGCCAUGCGGGCUUGUGAUGCUUUCGUGCCCUUGGUGAUGCUCUGAUGGCCCUCCUUAUCCAGUGUCUGCAUCCUCAAAGGAAGCACUAAGCACUGGUUACCUUUGCUAGGUCUGCGUUUCACUGUUUUGCCGGGGCACUAAAAGAUGCGACUGCACUAUGCAAGCAAACUACAACACCAAUCAUUGGUUAUUGGAAGCUUUGCUUGAAACUCCCAAGCAAACCAAAGAAAUUUUCAGGAGUAUGAAGGCCUCACCUCUAUUUGUUGUGUUUGUAAAUCUCUGUGGCAUUUUGACACAGUACCUAUUCAACCUUUUUAAGGAGGGCCCCAGGUCUGUACAGAAUUAGGGGCCCUGGGGCUGAUGAAAUAUACCAUGCAAACUUCUUUUCGGCUAGAGAGGCUGCCGUGGUGCCUUACUCAAUGGGAAUUUAACCCAGUUUUGAUGUGCGCUGGACUUGCUAUGACUGUUGAGAGGAAACAAUGGAAAGAGAGAAAAAAAAUGAUCCUGUAGCUCGAAGAAGUUAAUCGUGAGAAUGUGUCUAAUAAUUUUAUAUUCCCCUUUAUUAUUGUACAUAUAUCUAGGGCUGCCUAAUGGAAGGCUUUGUAAGUUGUAACUAUAGUAGAAUGCUCAAAAGACUAGAUCAUGAGUUAAGUAUAAUGAAUGUCUUCUCAAAAUAUAUUAGUUAAUGGCAGAUUCAUACA